AUGUUGGACUACGAAUGGGACAACCCCUCCGUGAUAUUGUUAUCCGGAGAAGAUCGAAGCCAUCAUCAUCAUCAACAUCAGCAGGAGCCUGACCCGAGCCGAGUCUUGUCCAUUUUCGACCCGACCCAUACCCAUCAUAAUCAGACCUCUUACAAUAACAUUUCUCCACCUCAAUUUUCCUCCUUCACUAACCAACAACAUUUGACCGUCUAUGGUCAACAGACCAGCAACCAGUUUCAUCCCUCCUUGGUCUACGACCCUCGCACCACCACCACCAAUCAUCCUUACGCCGCCUCAUCAUCCGAUUCAAUCUACGGCCAUCCCCACCACUCAGCCUUGUUCUCCUUCGACCAGACAGGGCCAGGAUCCGGAUCUUCUUCUUACAACUUCCUCAUCCCCAAGACCGAAGUCGACGUGUCUCAUUUCACUUCAAACAGAAUCGGUCUGAAUCUGGGAGGGCGGACAUACUUCUCCGCGGCGGACGACGACUUCGUGAGCAGGCUGUACAGGCGGUCUCGACCUGGUGAGUUUGGAAUGGGGAACGCGCUGAGCACUCCAAGGUGCCAAGCGGAAGGAUGUAACGCGGAUCUGAGCCACGCCAAACACUAUCACCGCCGCCACAAAGUCUGCGAGUUUCACUCUAAAGCUUCAACGGUUGUGGCCGCUGGGCUUAGCCAGCGCUUUUGCCAGCAGUGCAGCAGGUUCCAUUUGCUGUCCGAAUUCGACAACGGGAAACGGAGCUGCCGUAAGCGACUUGCUGACCAUAAUCGACGCCGCCGUAAAUGUCACCAGUCUACCUCCAAACCCACUCAGGAUAUUACCACCACGACACAGUCCCCGAACGAUUCGGGUGUUAAGUCUUCUCCGUCGCCAUCCAAUACGCCGCCUACAAUUUCACUGGAAUGUUUCCGUCAAAAGCACUUCCAAACAACAACACCAUCGUCUUCCACGUCAGCAUCUUCCUCUAAUUCAAUGUUUUUCUCGAGUGGCUAG